AUGGAUUUCUCGGGGUGUCCUAGCGACGAGUCGUUCGGACCUACUGUCCAAGGAUGCCGUGACGAUUUCGACUUUACUAUUAUGUUUGAGAAAAUAUUCUUCACUCUCAUUCCCACAGCCGUGUUCAUCGCUAUCUGUCUUCCGCGGGCCACCUUCCUCGCUCGUAAGCCGACGAUCGUCGCUAUUUGCAUAUAUGCCGUACUUCAAUUAGCAUUGCUCGUGCUAAGCAUUGUUAGAGCGCAGAUCUUCAACGCCUUCUUCAUUUCCUCUUCGGCGUUAGCAUUCGUCUCUGCUAUUUGUAUGAUCGUGAUCUCUCACCUGGAACACUCACGUUCUCCGCGACCAUCGAAUCUGCUCAACACCUAUCUUCUCAUUACUACCCUUCUAGACGUUGUACAGAGUCGCACUCUCUGGCUGGCUUCAACUAAAGAUGACAACGUAAAGUACUCCGGCGUAUUUACUGGCUCUGUGUUUAUCAAAGCCCUCCUACUCAUUCUUGAAUCUCAACGCAAGUCAAGAUGGAUUCGGUGGAAUGCGAAAGAGCAUAGCCCUGAAGAAACUAGUGGGCUGUUUGGUAUCGGGGCCUUCUUGUGGCUCAACCGGCUUUUCCUAACCGGAUACAGGAAUAUUUUAACCCUUGAAGAUUUGUAUCCUCUUGAUCAGAGCAUGACCUCGGAAAGUUUACGAAUCAAACUUACCGAGAGUAUCAAGACUCUGCGACAUCCUGGCCAGAAGAAUGGUCUUGCCAAAGCAUUGGCACGUGCUCUCGCAGUCCCAUUACUACUCCCUAUUGGGCCGCGUAUUGCUAUGACUGGCUUUCAGUUCUGUCAGCCAUUUCUCAUAAACACGCUCCUAGAAUACUUGCAAAAACCCUCUGAUGAUGCAUCCCGAAAUGUUGGAUAUGGACUUAUUGGUGCAACAAUCCUUAUCUACAUAGGAAUCGCCGUGUCCGGGGCUUUUUAUUGGUAUCUCCAAGAACGCGCCAUGUACAUGGUCCGGGGGGCACUGGCCAGUUCUGUGUACAUAAAGUCGACAGAAGCCAGGAUUGCGGCGCGAGACGAUUCAGCUGCUCUUACCCUUAUGAGCGCAGACGUCGAACGAAUUAUCAAAGGUUGCCUAAACAUUCACGAAUUCUGGGCAAACACCAUCGAGGUUGGGUUAGCCUGCUGGUUGCUUUCGCGCCAAAUCGGCGCGGCCUCUGUAGCUCCUGUCAUAGUUGUUGGUUUCUGUGUCGUCUUACUCUCUUUUCUAGGAAAAGUUACCGGACCACGACAAAAGGCAUGGAUGGAGAAAAUACAGAAAAGGGUAGGUUUGACGGCGAACGUGAUCGGGCAAAUGAAAUUUCUCAAGAUGUCCGGGCUCGCUGCUCCUAUAGAGGAGUCCAUACAGAAAAUGCGUGUCGAUGAGCUCGAAACGGGAUCCAAAUUCCGAAUGACUAUCAUCUUUUCCGCCCUCAUCGGCUACACACCACUCUGUAUUUCUCCCGUCAUGACGUUUGCCUUUUCAUCCUCGACUCUUGGUGUGACUACCAUAUUCACCUCAGUCUCUUACAUAAUUCUUCUAGCCAACCCCCUCUCCGUUCUUUUCCAGCUCUUUCCAUCCCUCCUCGCUGCUCUCACCUGCUUGAACAGAAUUCAAGCUUUCCUAGAACAAGACGGACGCUUAGAAUUCCGCGAGUUCUCCGACCAGUCGGUAGAUGAGGGAGGGCGAAAACCCAGAAUGGCGCCCUCGAUCCAGAUCUCAGAAGGAAGUUUUGGUUGGGAUACUAACAAACUAUGCCUAAAGAAAGUCGACAUCAGUAUCCCGAGUUCGGCCCUUACAAUCGUCGUCGGCCCUAUCGCAUCAGGCAAAUCAACAUUAUGCAAAACUCUAUUAGGUGAGACUCCUGUGGCACACGGUAAAACUACUAUGGAUCGUCGCCCCAGCAGGAUCGGCUAUUGUGACCAAACACCGUACCUAUCGAAUGCCACGAUAAGAGAUAAUAUCGUGGGAUUCGCGAAAUUUGAUCAGGUUCGGUACGAGGAGGUUAUUGAGGCUACCAUGCUAAGCCCCGACCUAGCUAUUUUGCCACGCGGAGAUGAGACCAAGGUCGGCAGCAGCGGUGUGAUGCUGAGUGGCGGCCAGAAGCAACGGGUAUCUAUCGCAAGAGCUCUAUACCUCGACUCGGAGUUUCUCAUAUUUGAUGAUGUUUUAAGCGGCCUUGAUGCCAAUACCGAAGAGCAAGUUUAUCACAAAGUGUUCUCUCGCGAUGGGCUUCUCCGCUUAAGAAACGCGACAGUUGUACUUUGCACUCACUCUAUCAAGCAUUUGCCAUCCGCGGACCACAUUAUUGCUCUUGGGUCGGAUGGGAGUAUAAUAGAGCAAGGUCCAUUUCCCGAUCUGAUGGUAAACAACAGCUACGUCCAGAACCUAGGGAUUAAUGAGGCCAGCAUUGAUACUAUUCAAUCAGGCAAUAAUCUUAACCUCAGACCCUUAGAUGCUAAGAUGUUCACAUCCCAAGAAGACUUGUCGCCGGCCACUGUCAUCAAGCCGAAUACCCCCGACAUCGCGGAAGAACAGGAGCGUAUUACGGGUGAUAUCGCAGUCUACGUCCAUUACUUCUCACGAAUUAAUAAGAUUAUCACCGCGGCUGUUAUAUCCUUCGGUGCUGGGUGGGGGUUCUUCUCUAAUUUUACCACAAUCUGGCUGAAAUUCUGGUCCGAAGAUGUAACAUCCGCGCAUCCUCUCCGCACGAACUCGUUUUAUAUCGGCAUAUAUGCACUUCUUCAAACAAUGACGCUUUUAUCUUUGUUUUUCGUCUGCAUUGUUUCUUUUAGGACCAUGAUCGUACAGUCAGGCGCUACACUCCACAGAGAAGCUUUGGCUACCGCCGUAAACGCACCACUCGGUUUUCUCACUACGGCUGACACCGGUGCUAUAACUAACCUCUUCUCCCAAGACAUGACUCUCAUUGACGGGGAACUCCCUCAGGCAUUUCUGAAUGUUGUGCUCCAGCUUUUCGAGUGCCUAGGAAUCACUGCAGUGGUGGCUACAUCUUCGCCGUUUCUUGCGAUCACUUAUCCUUUUCUAGUUAUUACUAUCUACGGCAUACAAAAGUUUUAUCUUCGCACAUCCCGCCAGAUCCGCCUGCUAGACCUUGAAGCUAAGAGUCCUCUUUACUCCCUUUUCAUUGACACGAUCAAUGGGAUCGCAACUUUCCGUGCCUUCGGCUGGGCUCAGGACAGCAUUGCACUCAAUAAUAAAUACUUGGAUGCCUCGCAGAGACCGGCUUACCUUCUUGCUAUGAUCCAACGCUGGCUUGGUUUCAUUCUCCAAAUUGUAGUCGCAGCACUUGCAUCUGUUGUUGUUACUCUAGCGACGCAACUCCACUCAAACAGAGCGUUCACCGGCGCCAGUCUAAUCACUUUGAUGAAUUUUGGCAACAGCCUCUCCUUCUUGGUUCGCAUGUACACCUCACUUGAGACAUCUAUUGGCGCUAUUAGCCGACUGAAGAAUUUCGGCGACAAGGUUCAACCCGAGAGCCUAGAAGAUGAAGAUUUGGCUCCUCCGGUGGAGUGGCCUAUUAGAGGAAGUAUUCGAAUAGACGGAGUUUCGGCCUCCUAUGUAGAUGAUCACCAAAAGUCGUUCAAGGGGCCGACGACUAGCAGAAAUACUGGCGCUAAAAGUCAACACUUUGCUUUGAAAGAUCUGAACCUCACCAUAGCCUCUGGAGAGAAAGUUGCUAUUUGCGGCCGAAGUGGAAGCGGAAAGUCUUCGGUGAUACUUCUACUUCUCCGCUUACUAGACCCAGCCGCAUCGUGCGCGGAAAAUAUUUUUAUCGACGACGUUCCUCUUCAUAAAGUUAAUCGCGCCGUUCUCCGUCAGCGCAUAAUCACUGUGCCUCAAGAACCGGUAUUCUUACCCGAUGGUACAUCAUUUCAGGCCAACCUAGAUCCAUUUGGUGCCUCGACAGGAGAUGAAUGCCGCGCUGUGCUCGAGACCGUAAAUCUUUGGGACUUCGUCCAUGGCCGAGGCGGCCUGAUGGCUGGGAUGUCUGCAGACACGCUCUCCGGGGGGCAGAGGCAGCUUUUCAAUCUCGCACGGGCUAUUUUAAAACGAAGGAUCAGACUAAAGCAACUGCAAUCGGAAUUUGGAGAAAAAGGAGUAGAGGUUGGUGGUAUCUUGCUUCUGGACGAGGUCAGCUCAAGCGUAGACCAAGACACAGAUAAAGCAAUGCAAAGGAUUACUAUGGGGGAAUUUAAAGAAUAUACAAUUAUCAUGGUUAGCCAUAGGCUGGAUAUGGUAUUUGGCUUCGACACUGUCGUGGUUAUGGACAAGGGAAGCAUAAUUGAGAGCGGUAGGCCACGGGCUAUGAUAGAGACAGACGGUUCAAAACUUAGAGAACUUUGGAUACACGCUAAUAGAGGAUUAGCUACAGAGAAAGUCGAAACGGAAAAGUCGAUAGUACCGAAUCGGUAA